AUGAAGUCCUCUGUAUGUUUAUUAUUGCUCAAUUCACGAAUCAUGUCAUGCUUUCCUCUUUAACAUGCUAUCUUUUUUUCGAAAGCUAUCAAUCGGCGGUAAGAUAAAGGAUGGUAUAUUACCGGAGAAAAUCAUGGGAACGGCAGAGGAUCUCUUGACAGCGAAGAAUCAGAGCGAUCUGACAUUAAUGACAGAUACCGAGUUAAAAGAAUCCGUUUACGAUUUAUUGAGGACGAUUAAGGAUCCGGAGAAGCCGCAAACCUUGGAGCAGCUGGACGUUGUCUACGAAGAUUGCAUAACCAUUUGCCACAGCACACCUGGAGGAGUCUCUGUAAUUCGUGUGGAGUUUAAUCCUACAGUACCUCACUGCUCGUUGGCAACUCUCAUAGGAUUAUGCAUUCGUAUCAAAUUGGAACGUUAUUUAAUAGCAUCGUUUAAAUUAGAUAUUUAUAUCAAAGAGGGUGCACAUUCUACUGAACAAGAAAUUAAUAAACAAAUAAAUGACAAGGAACGUAUAGCAGCUGCAAUGGAAAAUCCAAACUUACGGGAAUUAGUGGAAAAAUGCAUACUAGAAGAUGAUUAUUAGCAUUUUAGGUGAUUGUGUGACAUAUAUAUUAAAUAUCUUCUUGGAAUAAUAUUUUAAUCUGCAUUAUUUUA